CUUAGCGUCUCCUUCAAAUAAACGCGGUCUCCAUGCAUAACCCAGCUACUUCCUCGGCACACUUUAUACAUCAGAAGGCUCAAAAUCUGCAACAACAAUGGAUAGUUUUAUCCAGCAAGUCAGGGUAAAGCUUUCGAAUGUAGGACAAGAAAAUAGAGAAGAAACAAGCAGCUCCAGCCGAAGAAUACCACUCCAGAAAACUCAAUCUUUCAAAGGAGAAAACAAGAAAGCUCAAAACUGGUUACAGAGACAAUUUUCCAGGCAAAUGAGUCGGGGUUAUGAUUCCAACAUCCAAAUGGAGCAUGCAGCUGCGGUGGCUGCAGCCGCCUAUGCCAUUAAUUCUCUAGAAGAAUCACGCAUCCCUUGUCAGAAAAAGACCACUGAGGGUCCUUUUGCAUUUCUCACCAGGCCCAGCAGCAAAAAAGAAGAUGCUCCAAUGUCAGUACAGGAGAUAACCAGUGAGGGCCCUCAGCGUCAGCCAUCUUUCACCAGACAGAAAAGCAAAAAGGAUGAUGUAGAUGAGGCCACUAGGAACCUUGAGCCCUCUUUAACCAGGCUCAGGAGUAAAACGGAAGAUACACCAGUCUCAAUGACAGAACCCGGUAGCGGAUCCAAACGGUUCUCAGGAGGUCCAGUUGAUGAAAUGCAAGAAAUUGCUGCCGUAGAGGAGAAGACACCUGAAAAAGCCGUCAGUAGUCCUCCAAAGAAAAAGACUCUCAGUUUUUCUGAUGAGGUCUCGAAUAGCUCUGGUACUACACAAUCUAAAAGAACACCAUCAAAGGUCACUGAUCCUGCUCCAUCAAUGAAAAGUAGUCCAACUUUUGAUGAUAGAGAAGCGCAAAAAUCUACCAUCAAAUCGGAAAGGAAGGCAAGAAAACCCGAUGCUCCUCCAUCCAUUAAACCUACAACUCCAUCGGCCGAAACCAAAAGACAGAGUUCAGAAAAACCUGGAACAGAUGAAACAGAAGCAGAUGCCUGGGAGAUAUCUGAGAUGGUCAAGAUCAAAGAAAGGUACGAGAAGUUAAACAACACAAUACAAUCAUGGGAGGAGAAAAAGAAGAAGAAAGCCAGAAGCAAACUUGAUAGAGCAGAGAGACAAUUGGAGGAAAAAAGAUUAAAAACCUUAACAAAAUUUCGCAGUGAAAUGGAAUCUAUUGAUCAGAUUGCAGGAGGAGCAAGGGCAAAAGCAGGGGAGAGUCGAAGAAAGGAAGAGUUGAAAGCAAAAGAAAAGGCAAAUAUAAUCAGAAGAACUGGGAAAGCUCCUGCGACAUGCUUCUGCUGCUGAAUCUCUUCAAUAACUUAAGCCUCACCUGGUUUCACAGAGGGACACCCAACUUCAAAUGAUUUACACGUAAAUAUGUCACACCCAAGAUGAAAUGAUAUGUUCUAUUUCCGCUGUUAGAACUAAUGUUUUAUGUCAUAUAUUUUUCUCAUGUAUUGAUUAUAAAAUAUAUAAAAAA